AGUGUACGUGUGCUCCUGAUGUACUCUCACUCUGUCCAUGUGGAGAUGUUCAGAUGUGAGUGAGGCUCUGAGAGGAACCAUCAUCUCCUCAAGCUACACACAGAGGAGACAGGCAUAUGUGUGUGUGAGAGAGAGAGAGAGAGAGUGAGAGAGAGAGAGAGAGAGAGAGAGAGAGAGAGAGAGAGAGAUUGAUUUUAAAAUCCAUAUAUAAAGAGUUCUGAAUGUGGAAGCAGAAGCGAUGUGGGUUUAGUGCAGACAUUCACCUGUUUUCAUGGCUGAAGUUAUGGAUUAAAACUUCGGGAUCUUUGGAGAAAACGACUCCUAACGAGAGGUCUGAAUGACGAGGCUACGACUUCUGUCACGAGAAAGUUUUAAAAAGUCUCACAGUUGUUGUCUCUGUGUGACGAUGAACAGCACAGAGAAAGUAUAAACUUUUUAGACAUGUAGCAUUUUAGUACAUUUGAUCAGAUUUAGUACAAAUAUUGGACAAGAGUUAUUUUUUUCCCUUUGACUCACAUCACAUUCUUACUGACAGUAAAAAAAUAAGUUGACUGAAGUAAAGACUUGACACUGAUGACUAGCACACGCUAGCUGCUGAUCUGCAGCUAAUAUAAUGACUGCAGAAUAUUUUAAUCCGCUAACGACCGACUCAUUUUUCACUCAGUAAUCAGCACAAGCUUUAGCAUGUUGCAGUUAAAGCCCUAAUCACCAAGCCUUGUAGAUUCUGGGUUUAAUUUACAUUGGUUUCAUUGUAAAGUAUUUAGCAGCCAUGCAGCUAGCAUUAGCAUUAGCACUACAAGCAUGUUGGGUGUGUAUUAGCCAUGCGAUUCAGAACUCUCCAGCCUCCUGGGGUCACUAUGAUGUCUGCAAAUCCCAGCUGUACACAGAUAAUGGACUUGUGUGGCAUUACAUGGCCUGUCAGCCAGAAUCCACCGACAUGAACAAAUACGUAAAAGUGAAUCUGGAGCCGGAGAACAUCACGUGUGGAGAACCGCCUGAGAUCUACUGCGCGCUGGAGAACCCGUACAUGUGCAAUAACGAAUGUGACGCCGCUACAGAGGAACUCGCUCAUCCUCCUGAGCUUAUGUUCGAUGUUGAGGGUCGAAACCCGAGUACAUUUUGGCAGUCGACCACGUGGAAGAAUUACCCCAAACCUCUGCAGGUAAACAUCAUUCUGUCAUGGGACAAAACCAUCGAGUUGACGGAUGACAUCGUGAUCACGUUCGAGUCGGGUCGACCCGAGCAGAUGGUUCUGGAGAAGUCUCUGGACUACGGGAGAACGUGGCAGCCAUACCAGUUUUAUGCCACCGACUGCCUGGAUGCCUUCACCAUGGAUCCCCGGUCAGUGCGUGAGAUGUCUCAGAGCACUCUGCUGGACAUCAUCUGCACAGAAGAUUAUUCCCGAGGUUACGUCUGGAAAUACGACAAAACGGUGCGCUUUGAGAUCAAAGACCGCUUCGCUCUGUUCGCCGGGCCGCGACUCCACAACAUGGCGUCGUUAUAUGGACAGUUAGACACCACCAAAGACCUGAGGGACUUUUUUACACUCACUGAUUUACGCAUCAAACUCUUACGGCCUGCGACAGGAUCCACCACCGUGGACGAGGAAAAUCUGUCCAGAUACUUCUACGCCAUCUCAGACAUCAAGGUACAGGGAAGGUGUAAGUGUAACCUCCAUGCCAACUCGUGUGUGUUUGACAAAGGGAAGCUGAGCUGUGUGUGUGAACACAACACAACGGGAGCCGACUGUUCACGCUGUAAAAAACACUAUCAGGGCAGAGCGUGGAGCCCGGGGUCGUACCUGCCCAUUCCCAAGGGCACGGCUAACGUGUGUGUUCAGAGCAGUCCAGCAGGUCGGCUGAAUGUCACAUCUCUUGGAUUUGCAAAUCGAAAUCAAGCACGAGUGUGUGACGACGUGCUGCUGCGCUGUCAGAACGGUGGAGUGUGUGUUCAGCACCAGAGCUGCGUCUGUCCUCCGGGAUUCUCAGGGCUUUUGUGUGAAACAGAGCGAUGCCGUGGCGGCCGGUCCUGUGAGGAGCUUCCGUCAGGACGAGACCGUCUCCAUCUCUCAGCUCUCGCUCUCUUUUAUUCACUUGCUUUCUCGCUCUGCUCUUUCUUCUGUGUCUAAGUGAAGGACAGAGACACAUUUACACUCAGCCAGAGGAUGAAGGACAAAACAUAUGCGCACACACACACACACACAGACACACACACACACACACAGUGCAGGCUGUAGGUGUGCAAGCAGCUGUUUGUAAGACAAUAAAAGCAGAAAUUAUUUAAAUUUAAGAAAAUAAUACUAAUAUACAAUAAGUACAUGAUCUUAUCAAUUCUCAUUCAGCAUGAUUUUAGCCACGCCCCCUCUGACAUCAUCAGUAGGUACGAUUUAUUUAACACCACACGGCUCAGACUUAGGUCUGUCACCACACACUAGGACACACACACCAGAACACACACUAGGACACACACACACCAGAACACACACUAGGACACACACACACCAGAACACACACUAGGACACACACACCAGAACACACACACACAACAG